AUGAAUAGAUAUAUUCAAUAUAUUAUUCUAUGGCUUAUAAGCAUAACCUUUACCUUAGUUAUAUCCAAUGAAAGUGUACCAGCUGUACAAAAGAACUGUGCACACCUUAAUGAUUCUUGCAGUCGGAUUUUCUUUCGUCACUGUUGUGACAAAUUAGUUUGUCAUGGGUUCUUCAAUGGAAUAUGUGUUCAAUGUCUUGGUACAAAUAAAUUAUGUAUUUGGAGCUCGGACUGUUGUAGCGGAAGAUGUUGGUUUUUUCACUGUCAAGAAAAAUAUAGUAAUACUACUACAGAUAUUGUGAAUACUACAGAAACCCAACAAAAUGAGAUCACUUCAUAAAUACAUACUCUGUAAAAAUAUUUACAUCUAAAAUUGUUAAACAGAACAAAUACAAGAUUG